AUGAGUUCACGUAGUACUAAAAGCCCAGGGAAAACUGGAACCAAGGCACGGUCGAAGGGAGCAGUCCAAUCAUCAAAGGCAGGUAUGCAAACCAUGCAUGGCAUGGGAAUUCAACUUCAAGCAGAGCAGGUGUCUAACGACGUUAGCCAAUGGGGAUCUGAUUCCGAAUAUGAAAAUGUUUUAGGCCUGAGUAAAAUGAUGUGAUCUGAAGUGAAGAUGCAAAGCAAUUGCAGGUUGAAGCUGUUUAACAGGCUUUAUAUCAAUUAACGUUAGCUAGUUACCAUUAUCUCCAGCCCAUUGUACACACAAAGUAACGUUCAAUUACUAUGCUGUAGAAACAUUUAAGUAUGUACCUAAACUUGUGAUAGUAGCUACACAUUUUGGUUUUGGUUAAUUGGUUUUGGUUACCAUUCCAUUAAAUGUGUUGGCCGUCUGUACUUAGAGAUGUGUUUCUCUUUCUCCUAAUGUGUAGUCUAAUUUCCCCUCUUUGUUUGUGCUCUGGAAGGUGCCUCCCCACAGCGCAGACAGAGCACUGGGGUGACCCAGUGUGGACAGUCCAAAGGCAAAGCUGCUGCCAGUGCCAAGACAGUGCAACCACCAAAGAAAAGUACUGAUCUGCAUUGCUCAUUCUUACCAUUCCAAAUGAGUCAAUUAGUCAAUUUACCUUUAGCUUACUUCCAUUGCAACAAUGUAAAGAAGUGCUGAUUUGAUUGUCCUCAUACACCUAGGUCCGAGUCCUAAGUUGAGAUCUGUGUGCCUAAUGCUUGUGUAGUAGAAGUGAAACUCGCCUGUAGUAUGUUGGCAGAAGUAGAUUGGUGACACAAUACCUUCCCUGAGAUCUAAAAAGCUACUGUCGCUCAGGGCAUGAUAGACGAUAUUGUGUUGUUCGAGUUGGCAAAGACGGUUGCCUUAUGUGUUGUUGUUGCUGGCUUGUGUCCCAAUAGGGGCAGAACAGAAUAGAAAGCCAGUUAAGCACGCUCAUCUGAAGUUAGGACUCGACCAGAAGAGAAUAUGAUUCUUCCCUAGGAUCGGCUCUGUUCUUCUUACCGGGGACAGUGUGCAAUCACACAUUUAUAAUCCACCCUGGAGUUCAGAAGAAUGAACACAUUGCUUACAUUACACAACUGUCUGUUACUCUUCGUUAAACCCAUGGGAGUCUGAUGUGGUCAAAGGAAAUGAUGCAAGCUUGAAAGCGAUCCCUAAUUCUUUCCUGCAGGCACCACCCAAGGCACACAGGGGAGCAGUAUUAACUGUAGAGCAUGGAUCAUCAACUAGAUUCAGCCACGGGACAAUUAUUUCUUGAGCAGAUGGUCAGGGCAGGAACAUAAUAAUUUACAAAAAAUGUAGACUGCAAAUGUACCGCAAGAAGCCUAAACAGAUACAAUAUUUGACUAAAACAUAAUCAUUUCAAACCUUGAUUACAUUUGGGAACAUUGUCCUGUCUUUUGGAUAGGACGUGAAAAUGGGUGUCCUGAUUCUCUGUGGUCAUUCAAAAUCCCAUGGUGCUUAUUGUAAGAGUAGGGGUGUUCACCCCGGUGUCAUGGCUAAAUUCCCAACCUGGCCACAUUCCAUCAUGGCCACCUAAUCAUCCCCCUCAUUCCUUAUUGGCAUAUAUCACUCCUCACCUCGCCACCUGAUAGCUGAUGUGUGGUGAGAGUUCUGGCACAAAAAUGGUUGCUGUGCAUCACUGAGAUGGGUGCUACACAUUGAUGGUGGAUGAGGUGAGUUUCCCCGUACUAUGUAAAGCUCUUUGAGUACCUCAGUUGGUAGAAAAGUGCUAUAUAAAUCCUAUCAAUUAUUAUUAUUUGUAUACGAUCACAUAUGUCUCUCUAUUAUGCGUGGGAAUAAUUGGGAACAGAUUUCCAAAAUGUAAAUCCCUUGGAGCUGAUUUGCUGGUGUUUCUACUGUCUUUUAUGUCCAACAAUGAAAAUGCAAAAAAUUUAUAAUACAAAUAAAAAUACAACUUUUUUUUCCUUUUCUUUUUUUUGCUCAGAAAACUUGGGGGGCCAAAUAAAACCACUAGUGGGCCAAAUUCGGCUUGUGGGCCGCCAGUUGGGGAACCCUGCUGUAGAGCAUGUAAAAUGACGUAGACUUCAGUACAUAGAUACAGUGAGGGAAAAAAGUAUUUGAUGCCCUGCUGAUUUUGUACGUUUGCCCACUGACAAAGACAUGAUCAGUCUAUCAUUUUAAUGGUAGGUUUAUUUGAACAGUGAGAGACAGAAUAGCAACAAAAAUAUCCAGAAAAACGUAUGUCAAAAAUGUUAUAAAUUGAUUUGCAUUUUAAUGAGGGAAAUAAGUAUUUGACCCCUCUGCAAAACAUGACUUAGUACUUGGUGGCAAAACCCUUGUUGGCAAUCACAGAGCUCAGACGUUUCUUGUAGUUGGCCACCAGGUUUGCACACAUCUCAGGAGGGAUUUUGUUCCACUCCUCUUUGCAGAUCUUAUCCAAGUCAUUAAGGUUUCGAGCCUGACGUUUGGCAACUCGAACCUUCAGCUCUCUCCACAGAUUUUCUAUGGGAUUAAGGUCUGGAGACUGGCUAGGCCACUCCAGGACCUUAAUGUGCUUCUUCUUGUGCCACUCCUUUGUUGCCUUGGCCGUGUGUUUUGGGUCAUUGUCAUGCUGGAAUACCCAUCCACGACCCAUUUUCAAUGCCCUGGCUGAGGGAAGGAGGUUCUCACCCAAGAUUUGAUGUCCCUUUGAUGCGGUGAAGUUGUCCUGUCCCCUUAGCAGAAAAACACCCCCAAAGCAUAAUGUUUCCACCUCCAUGUUUGACGGUGGGGAUGGUGUUCUUGGGGUCAUUGGCAGCAUUCCUCCUCCUCCAAACACGACGAGUUGAGUUGAUGCCAAAGAGCUCGAUUUUGGUCUCAUCUGACCACAACACUUUCACCCAGUUCUCCUAUGAAUCAUUCAGAUGUUCAUUGGCAACUUCAGACGGCCCUGUAUAUGUGCUUUCUUGAGCAGGGGGACCUUGCGGGCGCUGCAGGAUUUCAGUCCUUCACGGCGUAGUGUGUUACCAAUUAUUUUCUUGGUGACUAUGGUCCCAGCUGCCUUGAGAUCAUUGACAAGAUCCUCCCAUGUAGUUCUGGGCUGAUUCCUCACCGUUCUCAUGAUCAUUGCAACUCCACGAGGUGAGAUCUUCAAUGGAGCCCCAGGCCGAGGGAGAUUGACAGUUAUUUUGUGUUUCUUCCAUUUGCGAAUAAUCGCACCAACGGUUGUCACCUUCUCACCAAGCUGCUUGGCGAUUGUCUUGUAGCCCAUUCCAGCCUUGUGUAGGUCUACAAUCUUGUCCCUGACAUCCUUGGAGAGCUCUUUGGUCUUGGCCAUGGUGGAGAGUGUGGAAUCUGAUUGAUUGAUUGCUUCUGUGGACAGGUGUCUUUUAUACAGGUAACAAGCUGAGAUUAGGAGCACUCCCUUUAAGAGUGUGCUCCUAAUCUCAGCUCAUUACCUGUAUAAAAGACACCUGGGAGCCAGAAAUCUUUCUGAUUGAGAGGGGGUCAAAUACUUAUUUCCCUCAUUAAAAUGCAAAUACAUUUAUAACAUUUUUGACAUGCAUUAUCCUGGAUUUUUUGUUUUGUUAUUCUGUCUCUUACUGUUCAAAUAAACCUACCAUUAAAAUUAUAGACUGAUCAUUUCUUUGUCAGUGGGUAAACGUACAAAAUCAGCAGGGGAUCAAAUACUUUUUUCCCUCACUGUAGUUGCCUCACUACAUACCAUAGAGCAGGAUUGAUGGCUUUGACAACUGUUGCCAUACUCCUUUAGUUAACAAAUAAGCAAUUAUGUCUGGAGCCUUUUCAGUUGUAGCUCUCAGAUGGUAUUCAUGAAGUGGUAUGAAAUACUAGGCCUACAUUCCUUUUAUGUACAGUAUAUUAUUAUUUCCAUUUAAUACAAAAACGUUUAUUUAGAUAAAUGCAACAAAUCAACUUAAAUAAACAUUUAUAAACCAUAGACAGUUUAUUCGGAAAGUAUUAGGGUUAGGGUUAAGGUUACAGCCUUAUUCUAAAAUGGAUUAAAUAAAAAAAAAUCCUCAUCAAUCUACAGACAAUACCCGAUAAUGACAAAGCAAAAAAACAGGUUUUUAGAAAUGUUUGCAAAUGUAUUAAAAAUCAAAAUCAAAUACCUUAUUUAUAUAAGUAUUCAGACCCUUUGCUAUGAGACACGAAAUUGAACUCAGGUGCAUCCUGUUUCUAUUGAUCAUUCUUGAGAUAUUUCUACAACUUGAUUGGAGUCCACCUGUGGUAAAUUCAAUUGAUUGGACAUAUGGAAAGGCACACACCUAUCUUUAUAAGGUCCCACAGUUGACAGUACAUGUCAGAACAAAAACCAAGCCAUGAGGUCGAAGGAAUUGUCUGUAGAGCUUUGAGACAGGAUUGUGUCGAGGCACAGAUCUAGGGAAGGGUACCUAAACAUUUCUGCAGCAUUGAAGGUCCCCAAGAACACAGUGGCCUCCAUCAUUCUUAAAUGGAAGAAGUUUGGAACCACCAACUCUUCCUAGAGCUGGCCGCCCGGCCAAGCUGAGCAAUCGGGGGAGAACGGCCUUGGUCUGGGAGGUGACCAAGAACCCAAUGGUCACUCUGACAGAGCUCCAGAGUUCCUCUGUGGAGAUUGGAGAACCUUCCAGAAGGACAACCAUCUCUGCAGGACUCCACCAAUCAGGUCUUUAUGGUAGAGUCACUAGACGGAAGUCACUCCUCAGUAAAAGGCACAUGACAGCCCGCUUGGAGUUUGCCAAAAGUCACCUAAAGGACUCUCAGACCAUGAAAAACAAGAUUAUCUAGUCUGAUGAAACCAAGAUUGAACUCUUUGGCCUGAAUGCCAAGUGUCACGUCACUUGGCCAAUACCAUCCCUAUGGUGAAGCAUGGUGGUGGCAGCAUCAUGCUGUGAGGAUAUUUUUCAGCGGCAGGGACUGGGAGACUUGUCAGGAUCGAGUGAAAGAUGAAUGGAGCAAAGGACAGAGAGAUCAUUGCGAACCUGCCCAGGACCUCAGACUGGGGCGAAGGUUCACCUUCCAAUAGGACAAUGACCCUAAGCACACAGCCAAGACAAUGCAGGAGUGGCUUCGGGACAAGUCUCUGAAUAUCCUUGAGUGAACCAGCCAGCGCCCGGACUUGAACCCGAUUGAACAUCUCUGGAGAGACCUGAAAAAAGCUGUGCAGCGACGCUCCCCAUCCAACCUGACAGAGCUUGAGAGGAUCUGCAGAGAAGAAUGGGAGAAACUCUCCAAAUACAGGUGCGCCAAGCUUGUAGCGUCAUACCCAAGAAGACUCGAGGCUGUAAUCGCUGCCAAAUUUGCUUCAACAAAGUACUGAUUUUUAAUAAAUUUGCAAACAUUUCUAAAAACCUCUUUUUACUUUGUCAUUAUGGGGUAUUGUGAGUAGACUGAUGAGGAAUUUUGAUCUAUUUUAGAAUAAGGCUGUAAUGUUACAAAAUGUGGAAAAAGUGAAGGGGUCUGAAUACUUUCUGAAUGCACUUUAUACAUUAUAAAUAUAGGCCUAUAUGGGAAAUUAUUAUGAUAAAAAAAUGGAAAUAGCUGUCAUCAAGGUCACCAUACUGAACAGCACAAAGGAACUGAAUCCUCCAGGUAAAACAAAUAUUUGGUCUGUACAAAUAGGAUUAGUAAAGUCGACUGUACAAUCUUAUGUAUACUGCACAGGUGUUGUUGUGUGAGUCUGUGGCUUUGCUGUGUUACUCUUGUCAGGUUGUUAUUGUAAAAGAGAACUUAAAUCUUUAUGGACAAAGACGAUACAAUGAAUCUGUACUGAGGCUAAAACUAUACUGAAACUAUUAACUUUGAUUCCAAAAUGAAAUAAAAUAAAAUGAAAACCAUUGUGAAUUAUGUUCAGUUUUAGUUUCGUUCUCAACAUUUUGGGAAAAAAUCAAAUUGGGUUUUCAAGCUUUUGGGGGGUUCUCAAGCUACUGAAUCUGGCGGGUAAAUGCAGCCAGGGGAAGGCGAUGUUUCAAAUAGGCCUAGCUUGUGCAUCACUAGCUAUCACUAGCUAAUAGGUGACAAAUCGUCUAGUUAGCUAACUUGGUUCUUCUUACAUGUACUACUACAGUUAAAAAGCAUUUGAUUGGUGUAAACAUGGGUGAGAGAGUUUCCUUCCACCAUCUUGUUUUACACCAGUCUCAGCGCUAUUCCUUUUAAAUCCAAGUCACAUUGAGAUUUACUUUAUAAUUUCAACCUAACCUAACCUAUGACCUAACCAUCACUUUAUGUAUUACUGCCCCCCAGUUGCAAGAAGUGACAUAAAAAAAACACACACAAAUGGUUCCUAGCCUCCCACGCAUGCUUUCUGUCGCUAACACUAAAACUGAAACUAAAUAAUAUAAAAAGGAAAUAUAAAUAUUUCUAUACAAGUAAAACUAAAUAAAAAUGUGCAAAUCAGUUCUGAAAACGAACCGAAACUAAACUGAAAUAAUAGGGACUUGUUUGUCCUAACUGUAUGCAUGGUUAUUGUUGUUGUAGAUGUAGAGCCGACUCCAGAGGAGCUAGCUGUAGUGAUCAUCCAGCAGGCCACUCGAGGCCUGCUGGCCAGGCGAGAGCGGGUCCGGAGACAGAAGGAAAAACAGGACUAUGAAGACCUUAUGGAUCGCUUGGAGAAAGAGGUUAGCUAAAUAGAUAUGAAAAUGAUGGUGUUAGGUUUGGAUUUAUAAAGUAUAUCAACAUAUUGAAAUGUUCAAUUAUGAGUAAUAGAUCUCUUGGCAUUACAUGUUGACUCAGAUCUCCUCCUUUGUUUGUUCUUCUUUCAAAUAACAUCUGUGAGUGUGCUUGGGUGUGUUGUAGUCCACAAUCAAUGUGAUGUUAUUGUUUCUGAAAAUGAGAAGUGUGUGUACCCUGAAAAGUGUGUUUUGAUUGGCCUGCAGGCUUUUGUGGCACUAGUACGAAGAGAACAGGAAGAGGACGAGAGGAAGAGGAAGAAGGACGAGGACGAGAGGAAGAGGAAGAAGGAAGAGAAACUUCUGCGAACCCGACUUCUGGAAGCAGCGUUUGAUGGAGAGGCAGAGGAAGUGUUAGCAAUUCUGAAGGAGGUGAGACUGAUAUCUGAUAUUUGUGAGAUCUGUGUGGACAGGUAAUGAAGACAUGACAAAGAUUAAUAGAUGCGCUGGUCCUUAUCUAGGUCUCUGAUAGGGACACAAAGCGUGGUCUUGGGUUGGAUGAAGCAGGCAAACACCAGCGGCUGUUAAACCAACUUUGCAUGAUUAACAUCACAGACGCCAACGGCAACACAGCAGUGUCAGAAGCAGCAGGUGGGGGUCAGCCGGAAGUCAUCACCCUAUUGGUGGAGAGCGGUGCGGACAUAAACACACGGGUAAGAGAAUGCAGCGCGAACAGAAAUAUUAGCUCUUGGUCAGGUGAGAGUGAGUGUCUUCCCUCCACCACCCAUUCCCACUGACACACACAAACAUACACAUCUAUUGAUAGGAAAACAAGCAUGACUUGACUUAUACCCUUUCUUUGGGGAGCAUAGGUCUUCCACAAACUUUCUCCAGCAGGCGAACAACUAAAUAUAUCUUUCUCAGUAUUGAAGUUACAGUGCAUUCGGAAAGUAUUGACUUUUUCCACAUUUUGUUACGUUACAGCCUUAUUCUAAAAUGGAUUAAAUUGUUUUUUUCCCCUCAUCAAUCUACACACAAUGUCCCAUAAUGACAAGCAAAAACAGCUUUUUAUAAAUUUUAGAAAUGUCCUGUUGGAAGGUGAACCUUCGCCCCAGUCUGAGGUCCUGAGUGCUCUGGAGCAGGUUUUUGUCAAGGUGUGCUGUAGGUGUAGUGGCGGAAUCAAUUGCAGGACGCAGACGGAUAAUCCAACAAACUUGUAUUUAGCCGAAAACACGGCAAAACGGACAACUCUUGCCCGAAGGCGAAAUACGCACGAAGGCGAAAACGAAACUGAACAGCGCACAAACAGGUGCGUAACUCCAGCGCAGUGGAGAGAAGCUCAACCGAGCGAAAACACAUCUGACACAAAACAAUAUUACACAACACCUGACACACACAACGGGAACUAAAUAGGACACUAAUGACACUGAAUGAAAACAGGUGUGACAACACUUAGACAGAAGCAAACGAACAUGAAACAUACAACGGUGGCAGCUAGUACUCCGGAGACAACGAACGCCGAAGCCUGCCCGAACAAGGGAGAGAGGCAGCCUCGGCCGAAACCGUGACAGUACCCCCCCCUUGACGCGCGGCUCCAGACGUGCGCUGACUCCGGCCUCGGGGACGACCCGGAGGACGCGGAGCCGGGCGCGUCGGGUGUCCACGAUGGAAUUCCGUCAGGAGAGACGGGUCCAAAAUGUCUCCCCUCGGCACCCAGCACCGCUCCUCCGGACCGUACCCCUCCCACUCCACUAGAUACUGGAGACCCCCCAUCCGACGUCUCGAAUCCAAGAUGGACCUCACGGAGUACGCCGGUGCCCCCUCGAUGUCCAAUGGGGGCGGAGGAGUCUCCCUGAUCUCACUGUCUUGGAGUGGGCCAGCUACCACCGGCCUGAGAAGGGACACAUGGAACGAGGGGUUAAUACUUUUAUAUUCAACAGGUAGCUGUAAUUUAUAACACACCUCGUUCAACCUUCCCAGGACUUUAAAUGGCCCUACAAACCGCCGACCCAGUUUCCGACAGGGCAGGCGGAGGGGCAGGUUCCUGGUAGAGAGCCAGACUCGAUCACCAGGUGCGUACACCGGUCCCUCACUGCGGUGGAGAUCAGCGCUCGCCUUAUGACGUCGGAGGGCCCGCUGCAGGUGGACGUGUGCAGCGUUCCAUGUCUCCUCCGAGCGCCUCGCCCACUCAUCCACCGCAGGAGCCUCGAUCUGGCUCUGCUGCCAGGGUGCCAGAACCGGCUGGUAACCUAACACGCAUUGGAAAGGGGUUAGGUUAGUGGAGGAAUGGCGUAGGGAAUUCUGGGCCAUUUCGGCCCAGGGAACGUACCUUGCCCACUCCUCCGGCUGGUCCUGGCAGUAUGUUCUAAGAAACCUGCCCACAUCCUGGUUUACACGUUCCACCUGCCCAUUACUCUCCGGGUGGUAACCCGAGGUGAGGCUCACCGAGACCCCCAACCGCUCCAUAAAGGCCCUCCAGACUCUGGAGGUAAAUUGGGGACCCCGAUCAGACACAAUAUCCUCGGGUACCCCGUAGUGCCGGAACACAUGGGUGAACAGGGCCUCGGCAGUUUGUAGGGCGGUAGGAAGGCCCGGCAUGGGGAGCAAACGACAGGCCUUAGAAAACCGGUCCACAACGACCAGUAUGGUGGUAUUCCCCUGUGAAGGAGGAAGGUCAGUAAGGAAAUCCACCGAGAGGUGGGACCAUGGUCGUUGUGGCACGGGCAGGGGUAGUAACUUACCCCUAGGCAGAUGUCUAGGCGCCUUACACUGGGCGCACACCGAGCAGGAGGAAACAUAAACCCUCACAUCCCUUGCCAACGUGGGCCACCAGUACUUGGCACUAAGACAGUGCACUGUCCGGCCGAUACCCGGAUGUCCAGAGGAGGGUGACGUGUGAGCCCAAUAGAUCAAUCGAUCCCGAACCUCGAGCGGAACGUACUUCCGACCCUCCGGGCACUGUGGUGGACUAGGGUCGGUGCGUAACGCCCGCUCGAGUUCAGCAUCGACCUCCCACACUACCGGUGCCACCAGACACGACUCCAGCAGUAUGGGAGUGGGCUCCACGGACCUCUCCUCCGUGUCAUACCGCCGAGACAGCGCAUCUGCCUUACCAUUCUGUGACCCAGGGAUGUACGUGAUCUUAAAAGUAAACCUGGUCAAGAACAUAUUCCAUCUUGCCUGGCGAGGGUUCAGCCUCCUCGCCGCCCGGAUGUACUCCAGGUUACGGUGGUCCGUCAAAAUGAGGAAAGGGUGUUGAGCCCCCUCAAGCCAGUGCCUCCACACCUUUAAGGCCUGUACCACGGCUAACAGCUCCCUGUCCCCUACGUCAUAGUUCCGCUCCGCCGGACUGAGCUUCUUAGAAUAAAAAGCACAGGGGCGGAGUUUAGGUGGCGCGCCAGACCGUUGUGAAAGCACGGCUCCUAGACCGGCCUCUGACGCGUCCACCUCUACCUGGAACGGCAAAGAGGGAUCCGGAUGCGCCAGCACCGGGGCCGAGGUAAACAGGUCCUUCAGCCUCCCAAACGCCCUGUCCGCCUCGGCCGACCACUGCAGACGCACCGGACCCCCCUUCAACAGAGACGUGAUGGGAGCUGCCACCUGUCCAAAACCCCGGAUAAACCUCCGGUAGUAAUUCGCAAACCCCAAAAACUGCUGCACCUCCUUCACAGUGGUUGGUGUUUGCCAAUUACGCACGGCCGACACCCGGUCUACCUCCAUCUUCACCCCUGACGCAGACAACUGAUACCCCAAAAAGGAGACCGACUCCUGGAAAAACAGACACUUCUCUGCCUUCACAUACAGGUCGUGCUCCACCAGCCUCCGCAACACUCUACGCACCAGGGCCACAUGCUCGACACGGGUAGGCGAGUACACGAGAAUGUCAUCAAUGUACACAACCACCCCCUGCCCCUGCAUGUCCCUGAAGAUCUCAUCCACGAAUGAUUGGAAAACUGACGGAGCGUUCAUCAACCCGUAUGGCAUGACCAGAUACUCGUAAUGGCCCGAGGUGGUACUAAAGGCUGUCUUCCAUUCAUCGCCCUCCCUGAUGCGCACCAAGUUGUAUGCGCUCCUGAGAUCUAAUUUUGUGAAGAAACGCGCCCCAUGCAACGACUCAGUCAUGGUCGCAAUCAGCGGGAGUGGAUAACUGUACUUCACCGUAAUCUGAUUGAGACCACGGUAAUCGAUGCACGGGCGCAAACCACCAUCCUUUUUCUUCACAAAAAAGAAACUCGAGGACGCAGGGGAAGUGGAAGGCCGUAUGUAUCCUUGUCUCAGAGAUUCGUCUAUGUAAGUCUCCAUAGCUUUCUUCUCCUCUUGAGACAGAGGAUACACAUGGCUCCGUGGGAGCGCAGCUUCUGCCUGGAGGUCUAUCGCACAAUCUCCCUGCCUAUGGGGCGGCAACUGCGUCGCCCUCGCCUUACUAAACGCAAUAGCCAAAUCCCCAUACUCAGGGGGAACGUGCAAUGCGGGCACCUGGUUUGGACUCUCCCUACGGAAGCCCCUACGGAAACGCCUCCUCUCUCUAGCGCCAGCACCCCCGAGCUCCAUGGGGCACGGCUCGGAAGCGCUGGAGGGUGAAAUGGACGGACCCCCCUCGGAUCGCCCGCGGGUAGCUAGCAGGUUAUCCAGCCUGAUGGACAUGUCGACCAACUGAUCAGGGCGGACACGCUCUCAUGUCCCGAGGGCGCCGGAUGCACGGUGGCCAGGUACAGCUCCACCUGGAGAAGGAAACCCUGGCACCCGGCUGCGGUCCCAUCGUAAGCCCUCGGGAGCGAGAGUCGGACUCCUCGGGGUUCUGGUGCGGGACUAGGCUGACUGGCCGAUGGUGCUGGCACGGAGGGUGGCGGUGCAGGCGUCCCCCAGCCUCGGAUGGUGGUGAUCACCUCCUGCAGGGCGGUCCCCAUCUGCAGGAUCUGGUCCCCUUGCUCCCGGACCCUGUCCUCCAGAGUCGCCUGGGCUGCUGCGGCUCCUGCUGAUUCCAUAGGUGGUGUAAUAUUCUGUCAAGGUGUGCUGUAGGUGUAGUGGCGGAAUCAAUUGCAGGACGCAGACGGAUAAUCCAACAAACUUGUAUUUAGCCGAAAACACGGCAAAACGGACAACUCUUGCCCGAAGGCGAAAUACGCACGAAGGCGAAAACGAAACUGAACAGCGCACAAACAGGUGCGUAACUCCAGCGCAGUGGAGAGAAGCUCAACCGAGCGAAAACACAUCUGACACAAAACAAUAUUACACAACACCUGACACACACAACGGGAACUAAAUAGGACACUAAUGACACUGAAUGAAAACAGGUGUGACAACACUUAGACAGAAGCAAACGAACAUGAAACAUACAACGGUGGCAGCUAGUACUCCGGAGACAACGAACGCCGAAGCCUGCCCGAACAAGGGAGAGAGGCAGCCUCGGCCGAAACGUGACAGUUUUCAUCAAGGAUCUCUCUGUACUUUAAUCUUUCCCUCGAUCCUGACUAGUCUCCCAGUCCCUGCCGCUGAAAAACAUCCCCACAGUAUGAUGCAGCCACCACCAUGCUUCACCAUAGGGAUGGUGCCAGGUUUCCUCCAGACGUGACGCUUGGCAUUCACGCCAAAGAGUUCAAUCUUGGUUUCAUCAGACCAGAUAAUCUUGUUUUUCAUGGUCUGAGAGUCCUUUAGGUGCCUUUUGGCAAACUCCAAGCAGGCUGUCAUGUGCCUUUUACUGAGGAGUGGCUUCCAUCUGGCCACUCUACCAUAAAGGCCUGAUUGGUGGAGUGCUGCAGAGAUGGUUGUCCUUCUGGAAGGUUCUCCAAUCUCCACAGAGAAACUCUGGAGCUCUGUCAGAGUGACCAUUGGGUUCUUGGUCACCUCCCAGACUAAGGCCCUUCUUCCCCGAUUGCUCAGUUUGGCCGGGCGGCCAGCUCUAGGAAGAGUCUUGGUGGUUCUAAACUUCUUCCAUUUAAGAUUGAUGGAGGCCACUGUGUUCUUGGGGACCUUCAGUGCUGCAGAAAUGUUUUGGUACCCUUCCCCAGAUCUGUGCCUCGACACAAUCCUGUCUUAGAGCUCUACGGACAAUUCCUUCGACCUCAUGGCUUGGUUUUUGCUCUGACAUGCACUGUCAACUGUGGGACCUCAUAUAGACAGGUGUGUGCCUUUCCAAGUCAUGUCCAAUUAAUUGAAUUUACCACAGGUGGACUCCAAUCAAGUUGUAGAAACAUCUCAAGGAUGAUCAAUGGAAACAGGAUGCACCUGAUUUCAAUUUCGAGUCUCAUAGCAAAGGGUCUGAGUACUUGUGUGUAGAUUGAGAAUUUGUAUUUAUUUAGGCUGUAACGUAACAAAAUGGAAAGGGUCUGAAUACUUUCUGAAUGCACUGUAGGUGUCCAUGCCUGAGGCCUAUGCAAUAGCAGAAGUAUGUCAGGAAGUGUGUUUUUUAAUAGGGUGCGUUUGGACGGACGCCAAUCUACAGAGCUGCGUUUGGAGGCCAUCUUGGCGCAGUGCAGACCCUUCUACAGCUGGGGGCAGACCUGAGGACCCAUGCAGAUGAUGGUAGUACUCCAGAGCAGGUGUGUGUGGCUGUGAGCGCGCAUAGACAAUAAUCAGGGUUCUAUAUCUCUCUGUAUGUGUGUUUGUGUGUGUGUGAGAGACAGAGACAGAGACAGAGGGUGGCUGUGUAUUUGUGUUUUACAAGCCAUGUUUGGGCUUAUGUCUUUGUCGGCAUGUUCCAGGUGGCUUCUGGAGAGGCUGUGAUUGCCGCUUUACAGAACUGGGAUCUGAGUGCCACUGACUCCAUGCUGACGAAGAUGAAGGCAGAGGAACAGAGGAGGGCGGAGGAAGACAAAAAGCAGAACGAGGCGGAGACUCAUCGGUAAGAGUCACGCCCAACUCUCAAAACCUAUAUGCUCCCAAACAUAGUCUAAUUAGGUCAUGUCUCAUGUGUAUAGCAUAGAGAACAGAGUAGGAUGCAAAAUCCAGCCAGAACAGUAAGAUAAACUGAAUAGCCUGGCCAGAGAUCAGAUGUUGUGUGCACAUUAUGAUGCAAUGUGUUAACUAUUUGUAAUAUGUUUAUCUCUAUCUACUCCCCCUCUCCUUCAACACAACGGCGCGUCGGUCCUGUUAAGUCACAUCAUCUAGCCAGUCCUGCAGAGUCACUUUUGCUGAGUUGAGGACAGAUAGAGAGAGAGAGAGAGAAUAGCUGACAUGAUUUCCCCACACAUUUCUCACUGAUAGGGGGAAACAGUGCAAACAAAAAAUGGCCUGUGUUUUCCCUCAGCCUGAAAGGGGAGGUGGAGCAGCUCCAGAACGAGCAUGAGCGAUGCCAGAGAGAGGUAAGACACAUCUGGAAUCAGUAGUUCCAAGAUUAACAGGAAAAAUGUCCCUUUCACCACUCUGACGUCACUCUCCCUGUGUGUGUGUGUGUGUGUGUGUGUGUGUGUGUGUGUGUGUGUGUGUGUGUGUGUGUGUGUGUGUGUAGCUGCAGAAGGCCUUCGUUGAGCUGAAUAAGAGGAUCACAGAACAUGACAAAUGUGUGAGGAAGGGUAUGGAGGAGCAGGCUAAAGUCACGUUGCAGGUAACCACUGUAUUCUUUUAGCACACUGCUAAAUUUGUAUUGUCUCAGUACUAAUGUAAUGAUGUAUGUAUCAGUCUCAGUACUGAUGUAUGUAUCAGUACUGACGUAUGUGUGUGUAUAUAUCUCUCUGUGUGUGUGUGUGUGUAAAGGUGGUUCAUGAUGCUGAAGAUGUGUUGGCGAAAGCUCAAAUAGCAGCUCAUGAGGCUGCAGAGCAACUAUCCCUUGCCAAGCUGACACUGAGAGAGCAGUCUGGUGGAGGUAUGUAAUGUCACACGCACGCACACAUGCAGUUGAAGUCGGAAGUUUACAUACACCUUAGCCAAACACAUUUAAACUCCGUUUUUCACAAUUCCUGACAUUUAAUCCUAGUAAAAAUUCCAUGUCUUAGGUCAGUUAGGAUCACCACUUUAUUUUAAGAAUGUGAAAUGUCAGAAUAAUAGUAGAGAGAAUUAUUUAUUUAAGCUUUUAUUUAUUUCACCACAUUCCCAGUGGGUCAGAAGUUUACAUACACUCAAUUAGUAUUUGGUAGCAUAGCCUUUAAAAUGUUUAACUUGGGUCAAACGUUUCAGGUAGCCUUCCACAAGCUUCCCACAAUAGGUUUGGUGAAUUUUGGCCCAUUCCUCCUGACAGAGCUGGUGUAACUGAGUCAGGUUUGUAGGCCUCCUUGCUCGCACAUGCUUUUUCAGCUCUGUCCACACAUUUUCUAUAGGAUUGAGGUCAGGGCUUUGUGAUGGCCACUCCAAUACCUUGACUUUCUUGUCCUUAAGCCAUUUUGCCACAACUUUGGAAGUAUGCUUGGGGUCAUUGUUCAUUUGGAAAACCCAUUUGCGACCAAGCUUUAACUUCCUGACCGAUGUCUUGAGAUGUUGCUUUAAUAUAUCCACAUAAUUUUCCUUCCUCAUGAUGCCAUCUUUUUUUGUGAAGUGCACCAGUCCCUCCUGCAGCAAAGCACCCCCACAGCAUGAUGCUGGCACCCCCGUGCUUCACGGUUGGGAUGGUGUUCUUUGGCUUGCAAGAACUCCCUUUUUCCUCCAAACAUAACAAUGGUCAUUAUGGCCAAACAGUUAUAUUUUUGUUUCAUCAGACCAGAGGACAUUUCUCCAAAAAGUACAAUCUUUGUCCCCAUGUGCAGUUGCAAACCGUAGUCUGGCAUUUUAAUGGCGGUUUUGGAGCAGUGGCUUCUUCCUUGCUGAGCGGCCUUUCAGGUUAUGUCGAUAUAGGACUCAUUUUUACUGUGGAUAUAGAUACUUUUGUACCUGUUUCCUCCAGCAUCUUCACAAGGUCCUUGGCUGUUGUUCUGGGAUUGAUUUGCACUUUUCGCACCAAAGUACGUUCAUCUCUAGAAGACAGAACACAUCUCCUUCCUGAGCGGUAUGAUGCUGCGUGGUCCCAUGGUGUUUAUACUUGCGUACUAUUGUUUGUACAGAUGAACAUGGUACCUUCACACACAUACACACCUUUCCCUGGAGCGACACAAAAUGUAAUAUUCUCACAGUGGUGUGUUUAUGUGAACUAAGAUGCUGUCCUGGACCGUGGUGGGGUUCGUUGCCUGGUUGGGGACCUUGAGGAAGUUCUUAUUAAAGACGUAGGCGGCAAGAUCAAGCAGGAUGGCAGGUAAGGGUAACCUUUAAAAAUGUUAAUAAUAAUUACUUACUCACUUUAGUAUGACUUUUUGCCCUCAGGUUAGCUGCUCAAGCAAAACACAAACAGGUUGUUCAUCUUUCUGUAUUUAGCUAAUCUCUCUGUUUACAAUUUAACAUUAGAUUCAGUUAAUUAAGUUUAUCCACUCUGGCUGUCUGUCGGAUGUUAGGUGGCCCCUGCUUGUGGAUACCUCUGGUCAGGCUGCCACAUUUCUACGCUACAGAGACACUAACUACCUGGAUGCCUUGCACCCUGGAGACAUUCAGCCUGACAAAUUGAGGCUCGCUCUACUGGGGGCCAUCAGGUGUGAGAGAGAGAUAUUAUAGGGGUGCCAGCAAUGAGCAGCCUAAUCCUAAAUUUGAGUUAUGCACAUCAAUAACAGUAGCAGGUGUAAGAAGUGUUUUUAAGAGUUUGCUGUAAAACCUUAAUGUAUAUCAAAUUUAGGGUUGGGCUGCUCAUUUGAAUUCCUGUCUUUUUUGGCUAUUGCCAACAGUAAAUAUGUCACUAAAAAUAUUGUUUUUGUAUAAAUAAAGGAGUGGAUGGACAGAAGAAUGACACAGAGAAAUGUAUAUAUGAAUAGAAAGGCUGUUCUGAUGUUGUGUGAUCCUGUCUGCAGGUUCGGAAAGCCCUUGGUUAUUAACAUGAUGGAGGUGGACUUGUUUGAGAGUGUACAGAAACAGCUAGACCAGGUGAACCCAGGGCUGAGUGAGCAGCUGAUGAACAAGGAGCUCCUGCAAGAAGAGAGGUACAGUACCGAGCACUCACUGCCAGCACAUAGAUCAUCUCAAUAUCAACCUUUCUCAGUUCUAGUUUGAUUUUUUACGUUUAAGAGUUGAUGUAAGACAUAAAAAAAUGCAGGGCUGCGAGACUGAUUUCAAUAUAUGUCGUCUCUCGGUAGGUACCUGAGCCUGGUGCGCUCCACAGAUGGUCCUCAGUAUGCCAGAACUGAGUUCAUGCUGGACCGCAUUGAGAAGUUCAGCCUGGUCAUGGUUACCAAACAGCGCCACCCACCUGAUGCACUGCUCACAGCAUUCUAUCCCAUCCAGGUCAUGCUGCGGGAACCCAAAAUAUGA